AUGUUGUGUCGAAGUAUAAUUCGAAUGUCAAUCAUUCGAAAAGAAUCAUUAAAUUUAAUAAAUCAACAAAGAAUGAUUCAAACUACUAGAAAAACAUGGGAUGAGAAUAAAAAAAGCUGGUUUCGUCUAACAAUGUCGGAUGAGCAGAAAAAGGCGAAAACCAAGAAAAUUGAGGAAAUGAGUCAAGAACAAGCGCCAAAAUCAUUAUUCGCAAAGGUUAAAUAUUAUUUCAAAAGAUAUUGGUAUAUAGCAGUUCCAGCUCAUAUGGCAAGUUCGACUGGAUGGUUUGUUGGAGCGUAUUUAAUUGUUCAAAGGUUUGUGGGGUUAAGACUGUUGUCUAGGGCUCCAGAAAUAAUUUUUUCCUUGAACUUUGGUUUUCCGAUCAGAAUCUUCCAUAAAAAGCUUGAAAUCAUAAUUAGAGCUCCUAAAAAUCAAUAUGUGCUCAAAUUUGUUCUCGAAAACUCAAUUUUAAAAUCUCUCAAAAUUGUAAGAAUCUGAAUUUUGAAAAUAAAGGUAUGCUCAAAUUUUGAGCCCCAAAAUGGUGAUUAAAAAUUCCCUCGUCAAAAUUUUUUCAAAAAAUCCUGAAUCUAUUUUUUCAGUGGAGUUGAUAUUAUUGCACUUCUCGAAUAUCUUCACAUGCCUGACGCAAUCAUUGAAAAAGUCAAAAGUACUCCCGAAACCGCUGGUGUAAUUGUUCUCGCACUAAUUUUAUACAAAAUCGCAACUCCAUUACGAUAUGCCACAACUUUGUUUUUGAUACAAUCAUCAUUUUGGAUUUUACGGAGAAUGGGAAAAUUGAAGACUUUGAAUGAGGUGGAAUAUAAGGUUGGGACUAUCUGGAGAUUCUCUCGAAUUAUUUCACUUUUUCUUUAGGUUCGCGCUGAAUACGAAUUAAAUAAAAGUAUGUAUGGUAGAAGAUGGUAUCGAUAUCGAAAUCAUGGAGUUCGAAGUGUUAGCCGAAAAAAUAGCGCGCAUGCAAAUACAAGUUCUUCUUCACAAAUUAUUCGACUUCAGAAAGAACACGAGAAAUUGAAUAGUGAGAAAAAAGAAUAGAAAUUGUUAUAUAGUCAAGAUUUAUUACGGUAAUUUUUGAAAUAAAAAUAUUAACAUAGAAACUUUAUUUUCAGGUUCGAUCUAUUCCUAG